CGCUCGCCUCGCCGGUCCUCAUCCGUCCGGGACACCACGAAGAUGGCACCAGUUGGGGACAAAAAGGCCAAAAAGGGCAUCCUAGAACGGUUAAACUCUGGAGAGGUCGUGAUUGGAGAUGGAGGUUUUGUCUUUGCACUGGAGAAGAGGGGCUAUGUGAAGGCAGGGCCCUGGACCCCAGAAGCAGCUGUGGAACACCCAGAAGCAGUUCGCCAGCUUCAUCGAGAAUUCCUCAGAGCUGGAUCGAAUGUCAUGCAGACCUUCACCUUCUACGCCAGUGAAGACAAGCUGGAGAACAGGGGAAACUAUGUUGCAGAGAAAAUAUCCGGGCAGAAAGUCAAUGAAGCUGCUUGUGAUAUUGCCCAGCAAGUGGCUGAUGAGGGAGACGCCUUGGUGGCAGGAGGUGUAAGCCAGACACCUUCGUACCUUAGCUGCAAGAGAGAAACUGAAGUCAAAAAAGUCUUCCAGCAGCAGUUAGAGGUCUUCAUGAAGAAGAACGUGGACUUUUUGAUCGCAGAGUAUUUUGAACACGUUGAAGAGGCUGUAUGGGCAGUUGAAGUCUUGAAAGCAUCUGGGAAACCAGUGGCAGCGACCAUGUGCAUCGGCCCAGAGGGAGAUUUGCAUGGCGUGGCCCCUGGCGAGUGUGCAGCGCGCCUGGUUAAAGCAGGAGCUUCCAUCGUUGGCGUGAACUGCCAUUUUGACCUCACAACUAGCUUACAAACAGUGAAGCUCAUGAAAGAAGGCUUGGAGGCGGUGGGACUGAAAGCCCACCUGAUGAGUCAGCCCUUGGCCUACCACACUCCCGACUGCGGCAAACAGGGAUUUAUCGACCUGCCAGAAUUCCCCUUCGGACUGGAGCCAAGAGUUGCAACCAGAUGGGAUAUUCAAAAAUACGCCAGAGAGGCCUACAACCUUGGGGUCAGGUACAUAGGUGGGUGCUGUGGAUUUGAGCCCUACCACAUCAGGGCGAUUGCAGAGGAGCUGGCUCCGGAAAGGGGAUUUUUGCCACCAGCUUCAGAAAAACAUGGCAGCUGGGGAAGUGGUUUGGACAUGCACACCAAACCCUGGAUUAGAGCAAGGGCCAGGAAGGAAUACUGGGAGAAUCUUCGGAUAGCCUCAGGCAGGCCGUUCAACCCUUCUAUGUCAAAGCCGGAUGCCUGGGGAGUGACCAAAGGAACAGCCGAGCUUAUGCAGCAGAAAGAAGCCACGACCGAGCAGCAGCUGAGAGAGCUCUUUGAAAAACAGAAGUUCAGAUCUGCAUAAUAGCCUCAGCGGAACCCAUUUUCAGUGACUUCCUCUAUGUUUGGAAGUCUAUGUUUGGGCCUCAGUCCCUCUAUGUUUGGGCCACAGUUCCAAAAAUAAGGAAAAGAUGGUUAAAAGGCAAUGCUUAUAUGAACCCCAGCCUACAUGUAAAGAUUGAUAUUAGCUGAACAAAACAAUUACAAAUAGUACUUGACAAUUUUAAAAAGUAUAUAUGUAGAACUUGAAAGCAAAAUAAAUAAGAAGCAAAUAUUAAACAGGUUUACUAAGCACCCACCAUGUACACGGUAUUAAGGAAAUCACUGUGGCCAAGGAAAAGUAAUUUGGACAUUAGUCCCACUUCAAGAAGUUUGCAGGCUAGUAAGGAGGAUGAGAUGUGAGCUGUCAUAAAUGGAUCAGCAACCAGAUGGGGACAGACAAAGUGCUAUAGGAAAGUGACUUCCAAGCUCUUCUGAAGAUGACCCUUCAUAAGAAACACAAUUUAUAUUGAUAUAAUGACCCAGUAAAGUACAUGUACGACCAUUGAAAUAAAAUGUGAUCCAUUCUGGUAUUUUUUAUUCCAUUCCUUUCUGUCCUAUUUCAUUAAUAAAAUACUAUGCUGUUUAA